AUGGAACCAGAGAUAAAGACAGAAGAUGAUAUGCAUGUCGAUGCUUCCGAGUUCCAGCCCGUGGAAGAGAGUCUAUCUGCAAUGCAACUUGAGCAACCGCAGGGAACAGGCCUUGAUGAGAGAGAUAUGCCAGUUCAUGAACUGAUGGGGGUCUUUUAUCAGCGAAUUUUUCCAUACAAAACUUACUAUCAUUGGCUUAAUUAUGAUACGGUCCCCACAAAAUCGUUUACAAAUCGUGAAUUUAGUUUUAAUCUGCCCAACGACGUCUACGUGCGAUACCAGUCAUUCAACAGUCACGAGGAAUUAAAAGCAGAAUUACUAAAAGAACUUCCAUCAAAGAUUGAUAUUGGAGCUGUAUAUACGAUCAAGCCAAAGGAGAAGAAGACAACUCGACCUGGGGCAUUUGUGCCAGUUGAGAAGGAACUAGUGUUCGAUAUUGAUAUGACUGACUAUGAUGAAAUACGUAAAUGCUGCAGUGGAGGUAAUGUCUGUAUAAAGUGCUGGCAAUUUAUGACCGUUGCCAUUAAGAUCUUGGAUCGCGCACUACGAGAUGAUUUUGGCUUCAAGUAUUUACUUUGGGUAUAUUCUGGUCGACGUGGUGUACAUUGCUGGAUCUGCGACGAGAGAGCGCGAAAACUUAGCAAUGAAGCGAGGUCAGCCAUAAUUGCAUAUCUUUCGGUGAUAAAGGGUGGUGCACAACAAGCCAAGAAAGUAUUCCUUCCGAAAGCGUUGCAUCCCUCAUUACAGCGGUCCGCCGACAUAUUACGAAGCUAUUUUCCUCAGAUAGUGUUGAAAGAUCAAGACUUAUUGAACGAUGAUGAGGGAUGGAAAAAGAUUCUCCAAUGUAUACCUGACGAAGAGACACGGAAGACUCUUUCGGAUGCCUGGAAUGCAGAUCCAUCACGAACGUCUACGGAUAAGUGGACAGAUCUGGUCUCAGAAUUGGACAGUGCCAUUGGAACACUCAAGAAGAAUCCAAAAAGAGCUGAUGCUCUUAAGAAUGUAGAACUAGAAAUAAUGUUCCAAUAUACAUAUCCGCGUCUGGACGAGAAUGUGUCAACCCACAUAAAUCACCUGUUAAAAAGACGAGUCUGCGUUCCAAUCGACCCCGAAAAGUGUGAGAACUUUGAUCCACAUGAAGUGCCCACAGUAGCUGACUUGCUAUGCGAAUUGAAUAAGUACAGUGGAAACGUCCCUGUUAAAGAAGAGGGAGAACGGAAGCUUCAUGAUUAUGAAAAGACUUCACUCAAACCCUACAUAAAGUAUUUUGAGAAUUUUGUUCAGGGAAUUUUUAGGGAGGUUAGAAAUAAGAAACGAGCUGCCAGCAUCAACGAUAUGGAAUUUUAG